AUGGCUUUUCAUAAGAACCUUGUUGUCAUUGCCAUUAUGUCCACCAUCUUGGGGGCAAUGGCACUACGCCCUGCCCCGUCCAACGACGAAUUCAAUCCCUCUACAUUUUUGAAACCAUUUGAGCAAUGGAUGGCACAGUUUGGACGCUCUUACACUGACAUUGCAGAGCGAGAAAGGCGUCUCGCAAUAUUCGUGAAGAACUUGUUAUUUGUUAAUACCUUCAACAACCAAGGGAAUAACAAGACUUAUAAGUUAAGCCUCAAUCAAUUUUCCGAUAUGACCAAGGAAGAAUUCCUCCGACGCUACACUGGAUUUGAAGCUCCCAAUGUCACCUCAAACUCAAGCAACAUCAAAUCAUUUGGGUACCAGGACCUGUCGGAAACUGAUGUUCCGACUAGAGUUGAUUGGAGGGAAAAAGGUGCUGUUACCCCCGUCAAGGAACAAGGAGUAUGCAGUUCUUGUUGGGCAUUUUCUGUAGUGGCAACAAUUGAGGGGAUCACCAAAAUCAAAAGUGACCAAUUGAUUUCUCUGUCUGAGCAACAACUUGUGGACUGUAACAGAGAUGACAUUAACAGAGGAUGUGCUGGUGGUAAUAUGGAAGAUGCCUUUAAGUACAUAGAGGCAAAUGGAGGAAUCACUACUGAAGAAAACUACCAAUACAAGGGUAUAGAUGAUACGUGUGACACUACUAAGACGAAUGACUACGCUGCCAAGAUAACUGGUUAUGAAAUGGUUCCUCCCAACAACGAAAAUGAUCUACUUAAGGCUGUGUCCAUGCAACCAGUAUCAGUUGCCAUUGAUGCCAAUGCAGAUGAAUUUAGGACAUACGCCAGUGGGGUAUUUUCCGGUAACUGCGGCACAAACCUAAUGCAUGCUGUUACGAUUGUUGGGUAUGGAACGACUGAAGAUGGCAUCGACUAUUGGUUAGUGAAGAACUCAUGGGGCGAGAGCUGGGGUGAAAAGGGUUACAUGAGAAUUCUUCGAAAUGCAAAUCCUCCAGAAGGUUUGUGCGGCAUUGCUAUGUAUCCUUCCUAUCCAACUGCAACAGCUAUGGCACCAACUCCCUCAUUGUUGUAG